AUGGCAACAGAAGAACUUUUACAUAAAGACCAAACAUUUAGUAAAUAUGUUUUCACUCAUGAAAUUAUGGAAAAAAGAAUACCACGAAGCUCUUUUUUAAAGUUAAAGAACCUUUUUGAGAAUGGUGGUUCUUUAGACCAAGAAACUGCAGAUGUUAUUGCCUUUGGAAUGAAAGAAUGGGCUGAAGAAUUAGGUGCAAGUUGUUUUGCUCAUUGGUUUCAACCUUUGUCACAGACUACAGCAAGAAAAUAUGACAGCUUUCUUUCUGUUAAGCACCAAUGCUCUCGUCAACACAUUUCUCAUCUUCUCAGUGAGUUUACUGGAAAACAAUUAAUACAAGGAGAACCUGAUGGUUCUUCUUUUCCAAAUGGUGGACUCAGAAAUACAUCUCAAGCAAGAGGUUAUUCAGCCUGGGAUUAUAACUCCCCAGUUUUUAUUAUUAAAGAUGAAUUUGGAGGUGUUUUAUAUAUUCCAGCAGUGUUCUGUUCGAUUUUUGGAUUAUCUCUUGAUACAAAAACGCCAUUACUUAGAAGUGAAAAGGCAAUUGAUGAAACAGUUACAAAUUGUAUUAAUAUGUUACAACUAAUUUAUCAAAUACCAAGAAAGAACGAAGAACAACGAGUUAGUGUUACUAUUGGGCUUGAACAAGAAUUUUUUUUGAUUGAUGAAAAACUUGCAAGAAAACGUGAAGAUAUAAUGCAAGUAGGUAAAACUCUUAGUGGAAGACUUCCUGCACGAAACCAACAGUUUAAAGAUCAUUAUUGGGGGAUUAUGCCUAAGAAAGUUAUCGAUUGUUUAGCAGAAGUUAAGAAAUCAAUGUGGGAAUUAGGAAUUCCAGUGACAACUAUUCAUAACGAAGUUGCCCCAGCACAAUAUGAAAUGGCACCAAUUUUUGAACGUGGUAGUAUUGCAUCUGACCAUAAUAUGAUUUUCAUGGAAAGAAUUGAAGCAAUUGCUCAAAAACAUGGGUUAAAAGUAUUGUUUAAUGAAAAGCCAUUUGAAGGUGUUAAUGGCUCAGGAAAACAUUUAAAUUGGGCACUAUUUUCUAAUGGACAGAACCUUAUGGACUUUGGUAGUAGUGAGUAUGAAAGAAUUAGAUUUUUGUUUUUAACUUCUGCAUUGCUUAAAGCAGUUGAUGAACAUUAUGAUUUAGUUCGUUCUGCAACAAUCACUCCAGGUAAUAUUGAUAGGUUAGGUGGUUUCGAAGCACCUCCUUCUUUUAUUUCUGUUUUUGUAGGUGAAAAGUUAGAAAGAUGUAUUGAUGAUAUGCUUAGAGAUGAAGAUGAUCUUGAGUGUUCUCCUUUAUUAGUAAAUUUUGGUGUAGAGACAUUACCCUCUUUUAUCAGAGAUCAGAGUGAUCGAAAUAGAACUUCUCCAUUUGCAUUUAUUGGUAAUAGGUUUGAGUUUAGAGCUGUUGGGUCUUCUCAAAACCCAGCAUGGCCAAUGACUGUAAUCAAUACAAUAUUUGCUGUUGCUGUAGAGGAAAUGACAGAACAAGUCAAGAGUCUUAACAAAUCUGGAAUAAAUGGAAGAGAUGCUGUUGAAAAAGUGAUUAAAGAAACUUUUAAACAACACAACAAAAUUAUUUAUAAUGGUGAUUGCUAUAGUGACGAUUACAAAACAGAAAUGCAGAGAAGAGGGUUCAAACCAUUAGAAACCACUUCUGAUAUUUUAAAAGAAGUUUUACAAGUUCGUAAUAUAAACACAUUUGAAAAAUUAAAUGUUCUGAGUAAACAAGAAACAGCUGCUCGUGUUGCUAUAUGGGAAGAUGUUUUUAUUGAAACACUAACAAUGCACGCGAAACUUCUCAUUGAAAUAACUCAAAGAAAGUUUGCCCCAACAACUUUGAAAGAAGCAGCCAAAGAAGCUAAAGAAUUAAAACUUCUUAAGAAUGGAGGGGGUAAUGGCAGUGUUUUCAGUGAGAGAAUUAAUACACUAUUUGGUCUUGCUGAAGGUAUGUUAAAACAAUGCUGUAAAUUGGAAGAAGAAGUAAGGACUCUUGAAACAAUGUUCGAAGGAAGAUUACCUUAUUGUGAGUCUCAUAUCUUAAGUUCGACCCAUGCCUUAAGAAGAAUGGUUGACAGUGCAGAGUGUUUAGUUGAUGAAGAAACUUGGAAUUAUCCUUCCUAUGAACAACUCUGGAACUCUCAUUGCUAA